UGUGAUGCCACACAGCUCAGUGAACGUCCUUUGCAUUUCUUCACCUCUUGUUGACGCUACUUGGCUGCAGUGUGCGUGAGACUCUUGCAAAAGACAUAAGGAAUAUAUUCUCUAAAUGACAAAGAGAAUCUAGUGGCGAAGGAGAGCAGAAAUGGGAGGAAAGCAAUCAAAGAAUAUACCAGACAAGGAGGUGAAUCAAUCUGGAAGAAAGAGCGCUGCUCAAGAUGAAAACCUUCCGACAGUCGACCAGAUCCGUAAGCACACGAUCAGACACUUCGGCUACAACGUGCUCAGUUUGGCUCGCCGUGGAAUGGUUGAACUUCCAGAGGAAUUAUGGGAGCUGACAGAACUGCAAAAACUCAACUUAUCGCUUAACGUCCUCCGAUUCAUGCCGUCCUCUUUGGGUUCACUGCAGAAUCUGGUGGUGCUCAAUCUGUGGGGGAAUCAGCUGACCAGCUUGCCUCCUGAAAUCGGCCAACUCAGGAACUUGAAGGUUCUCUUUGCAUACCGCAACCAUUUAAGUGAAGUUCCUGAAGAACUGGGCUACUGCACGAAACUGGAGGUGUUGAGUCUGGCCAAUAACCAGCUCACUGGACUCCCAGUGUCCUUGUCGGCCCUCACCGGACUGAGAAAGCUUAACCUGAGUCACAAUCAAAUUACUUAUAUCCCUGGGUGUGUGUACACCAUGAAAAACCUCGUGUUUUUGCAGCUGGCCUGCAAUAGACUUGAAAACAUCGCCGAUCAGAUCCAGGCAUUGGCCAACCUGAAGAUCCUCAUCGUAGAGGGCAACUGCAUUCACUCACUUCCCAAGAUGCUUUGCUGUCUCACCAAGCUGGAGCUUCUGAAUGUGGACUUUAAUGAUAUUCAAAAUGUGCCAGAGGAGAUGCAUCAGUUGAGAUGUCUGGAGAAGUUGGCAUGCCACCCGCUGGAUAAAGGUCUCCAUAUUAUGCACAAUCCCCUUCUGAAGCCCAUCAAAGACGUUCUGGAUGGAGGUCUCCAAGCGCUCUACAGCUAUUUGAAGGCUACGUGAAAUACGAUAGAGGAGUCUUGGAAUAACCUGAGUGAAGUGACUUCAUGAAGGACUCUCAUUGAGAAUAAUUUUUUUGACUGCUAUUAGAGCUCAUUUUAGAAACAUUUUGUUUUCUUGUUGACACAGAAAACAUUACAUUAGCCUACUAUUCUGGAUUUUUGAUAGCAAUGUAAAGUCAUCAAAGUAUAUUUUUUUAUCAUAUUAUAUCAUUAACUGAUAUUUACGAAAUAUAUAAUUACAUCUGAAAAUGGCUUUAUUAAAAAAAGUACAAAAUUAAAGAUUUUCUGAAGAGUGCCUUUAGGUGUAUUUAAACGAGAUCUUCAAAACAAAGACAAUAACGGACUUCAAAAGAGGGUCGUAAAGUCACACAAACAUCUCUCUGAGCCAGUUGCUCAUAUUGAAAUGAUGAGUGGCAGUAUUGAGAUCUGAGACAGAGGGCACGUUCAAGGCUUUACAGGAGGACACUAAAACAAAACGACACCAAGCUUAACGAUCAAUGAUUUCCUCUUUCCUUUGUGCGGUUCCUUGUGAGCUCUGACAUGCUGAUUUCUGCUUCUCACCUCGAUCUGCAAAAAGCCCCUGGAGAGAAAGACUUGCUGUAGCUGUAGCCAAACACCAUAGUACAAACAGAGUAAAAGUACCUCCAUUACUGAGAGAGAAAGGUCAGUCUCCCCAGCUCGAGUCUCUGACCUCUUUAUUGAACAAGUUCAGUUUGUUUUCCUGGAAAUUGAUGAAUUCCGCUUUGAUGAUUUAUUGUGUUUCUUAUGUCAAAGACCAGAUUCAAACAGCUUUAAAGCUGUGGUCGUUUUGAUCUUAUUAGAGAAAUAGAGAAAUACAUGUGAGAUACAUUUGAAGAAAAGUAUGAUUUUUAAGUUCUCUUUGAAUAAUUAAUGCUCACAUGUAAAAAUAUUCUAUGCACUAAAUCCGUAUUAUAAAGCCUUUAAUGCGAUAUUGUCUCUCUGAUUUUUUUCUAUCAAGAAAUAAAGACCACUACAUAAAAUGUAACAUGGUCUCUGCCAAAAUAGACCUUCAGCACAAUAGCGGCAUCUUUGAUUUUUGACGGGAAUGAAAAUGACGCUGUGAGAGAUGGACUUUCUGUCUCUUCAAUGACACGCACUGUAUCAUGCUAUAAAAAGCUCCUAGAGCACAUCUAACUUAUAUUGUCUGGAGUUCUUUUGUUUACUGAAAUUUCUUGGAAAAAUAUUUGUUCUAUGUUUUGUCAGUGGAACUAUCUAAAAUCACUUUAAACAACUGUAAAACCUAUUGAAGUGACUGUACGUCCAUCCCUCACAGCCUCAUUGUCAUUCCCGCCAAAAUCAAAGAUGGCGCUAUACUGUGAAUAAGCUAUUACAGUUAUUCUAAGUAAAGUAAUAUAAUAAAUGUAAUAUUAUUAUUUUAAUGGUGAACUGUGUAAAUAUUAUAACUUGAUAUUAGCCACCACUGUUCAGAAGAGAUCCAAUAGUAUUAACAAUAGUGACUUGGUUUGUUACCAUCAUACUUUUGUAAAGAAGCAUAAGAAGAAGUCUUAAUCUUGAUUCAUAUUGUUGAUUUUUUAUGAGAGCAGCGGUGCACAGUGAGGCUAUUUUUCUCUCUUUUUAAUGCAAU